AUGAAGUCCUUUUUCACCGUCCUCACCUUCGUCACGGCGGCGCUGGCCGCCAGCCGCACCUCCGCCCCCUCGGGCUGCGUUGUCGUCAAGAAGUCCCCUAGCAGCGGCCAGUUCAGCACCAUCCAGAAGGCCGUCGACUCCCUCUCCACGACCUCUUCCAGCAAGCAGUGCAUCUUUAUCGACCAGGGGACCUACAGCGAGCAGGUCCUGGUACCUGCCCGCACGGCUCAGCUUACCAUCUACGGCUACACCGCCGACACGUCAAGCUACUCCGGCAACAAGGUGACCAUCACCGCCAAGAAGAGCCAGGCUGAUGGCCUUACGGAUGACGAGACCGGCACCCUGCGCGUCAAGGCCAAGAACUUCAAGUUGUACAACGUCAACGUCGUCAACGCCUACGGCCAGGGUAGCCAGGCCAUCGCCCUGAGCUCCUACGCCGACAGCGGUUUCUACGGAUGCCAGUUCACCGGAUUCCAGGACACUAUUCUCACCCAGCAGGGCAACCAGCUGUACUCCAAGUGCCUCAUUCAGGGUGCUACCGAUGUCAUUUUCGGCCAGAAGUCCAUGGCUUGGUUCGAGAAGUGUGAUCUCCGUGCCGUCUCUGCCAAACUUGGCUACUUCACUGCCAACGGCGCCGCCAGCUCCUCUGCCAAGUCCGAAUAUGUCUUCAACAGCUGCACCGUUGCCGCUGCCUCCGGUGCCACUGUUCCCGAUGGUGCUUUCUACCUCGGCCGUCCUUGGGGUGCGUACGCUCAGGUCGUCUACCAGAAGACCACCAUGACUGGCAUCAUCAACUCCAAGGGCUGGUCUGUCUGGAGCACCAGCGAUGCCCGCACCGGCAAUGUCUUGUUCGGCGAGUACAGCGACACUGGCAUCGGCUCCCAGGGAUCCCGCGCCACCUUCUCCAAGAAGCUCAGCUCCGCUGUCGCCAUCUCCAGCAUCCUCGGCUCCAGCUACGCCAGUGCUGGUUACUACGAUGCUUCUUACAUGUAA